UCAAGGAAACAUGUAAACUACAUACAAAAUAACUAAAUAAAUCAGCCUAAAGAACAACGAAAUUAGGCAUAUAUCUGCUCUUUUGACAAUGUAUAUUCACUAAAACUAUGUUGAUCCCCUUUAACUAUGAUAAAUCAAUCUGAUUUAAAAGCGACAGCAGUUUGUAAGAGAGAUCCGAUAGACAUUGUUAAACAUGGCUGCCAGUGCCAAAAUGUCGUUUAAUUAUUAUCAAAAUGGUAAAUACGGAACUUUACCCCAAAAUCCAACAAAAGACAUGGAGGUCACACAAGAUAUGCAUCUUAAGAUGUCAAAGAAGAUUGCUCAGCUCACAAAGGUUAUUUAUGCACUCAACACCAAAAACGAUGAGCAUGAAGCCGUUGUGCAACAGAUCAAAGAUCAGCACGAGGAAGACAUUCAGAAGGUACUUAAGGAAACAAAAGAAAAGGUUCAAAUGCUGAAAGCUAAACUGGAUGCUGAUUCUCAAAAUAACAAUAAAGUACAACAGUUGGAGCUAGCAUUGCGUCAAAAUGAGGCCAUCAAAGAUCAACAAAUUUCACAGUUCGAACACUUUAAGAGAAUUGCUGAAGAGAGAGAAACAAAACUUAAAUCAGAACAUGCCCAGAAAAUGUUAGAUUUUUCGCAUGAUGUUUUAAAGGCUAAAAAAGAUUUUGAAGAAAAAUUAAAACAAUUUGAUGUGUGGAAAGAAAGUGUUAAUGAAGACCAUGAGAGAAAAUUGAGAGAUUUAAAAAGUGCACAUGAACAAGAAAUACAUGAUAUUCGAAAUCUAUCUAAAGACCAGAAUAAUGACUGGUUGAAUGAAGUUAAAAAGGUGGAAGAAAAGUACAAAGAUGAAAUAGAGCAGUUACAUGGUAAGUACAAAGAUUUGGAAGAAAGUAAAGGUGUUAUGGCCGAUGAGUAUGAGGCCAAGUUGGCCAAAGCUCAAUUAUUCUAUGAGAAAGAGCUUGAAGCUGUGAUGAAAAUGAACAAUAUAUCACAAGAGGACGCAAACAAAAUGCUCAUGGAAGAAAAAGAAAAGAUGAGAAAAGACUUCGCUGCCCAGGAAUCAGAGCUUAAAAAGCAAAUUAAUAGUGUGCUUGGACAGUUGACUGAUAAAGAAGAUGAAGUAGAAAGUUUGAAAAAAGACUUGGACCAGCUAAGUAAAAAUUUGCAAGACAAAGCUGGCAGCUCAAGUGAUUUGUUAAAACAGCUUCAAGCAGCUAAUGAUCUUGCCAGUGAGCAUUUAGCAAAGUUAAAGGCAGCAGAAACUGAAUUAUCCGUCAUGAAGGAAAGGUGCUCACGGCAGGAAAAUGAAUUGGUCAAGAAAUCAUCCACAAUAGGUCAGCUAGAAGCCACAAAGCUCCAGAACGAGUCGUCAAUUCAGGAGCUAGAGGGGGAACUAUCGAAACUGCGGGACAAACUUGCCUGGCUCGAGAAGGAACGCCAUAACCUGGAGCGACAGAAGUCGGACCUCAGUCAGAACCAGCUCGCACAACUACGCUCACUUGAGAAGUCCCUGGAAGAUCUAUCAAUCGAGAAGCAAGCAAUGAAGGAGCGGUACGAGCGAGAGCUUGACGGCUUGCGAAACAACGCGAACCGAUCACAGAAGGAUCUCCUUACCCAACAUGAGGCGGAGCUGGAGAAACUCCGGCAAAAGCUGCUUGCCGAUCUUGCCACACAGAAAUUGCAGGCAGAAGAGGUGCUAGAAUCAACAAAACAGGAGAUGACAAAGUUACGGGAGUCAGAGGUCUCUCUGAUCACGGAGGACAGGGAGAAACUGAGGGCGGAGUUUGACAGGGUCAAGUCUGAACUUUCUAGUCGACUAAAGGCAGCGGAAGAUGAGGUGGCACGAGUGAACAGUAUGCUACAGAACAAGGAAGAUGGUCUGGGAUCAGCGACGGGAAUGAUCAACAACCUCCGUGACGCCAACAACCAACUACAGCAGCAGCUUGAGAGCUCUCGGUCAGACUAUAAGGCAGAAAAAACACGGGCUUCAAAUCUACAGGCUGAGUUAGAGAAACUACGUCUACAGCACGAGGCUCAGUUGAAAGAGGCAAAGACGGAGUUUCAGCAGAAGAUGGACCAGGUCACUACUGAACUGGACACCAAGUGGCAGGAUACUCUCAGGCGAGAGUGCAGCAAGUUGCGCGAGGAGAUAAACGCCCAGAAGGAGAGUGAGAUGCGGGCUGCCCUCGAGCAGCUGUCUCGUAUGAAGGACGAGGAAAUCUCUGCUACUCGUGCUGGCUGGGAAAAGAAGGUCCAAGAACUCAUGAAGCAGAUUGCCAGCAUGAAGCUGAGCAUAGAAUCCAGCAGCUCCAAGUCCCAAGAAGAGCUCGAGAAACUGCGCCAAGAGUCGGAGGAGGAGAGGCGGAGACUGCAGGCAGAGCUAGUGAAUGCAGCAGAGGAAUACAUGACAAAGGUGAAGAGCCUCGAAGCUAUGCACGAGGAGGACGUCAAGCGUCUUGGGGAGGAGAAGGCACGCGAACUCGAGGAAUUACGGCAGCAACUGCAGUCUCGGCACAUCGAGGACAUGCAAGCUCAGAUGGCCGCCCACAAGGCCACAGUGGAUAGUUUAAGAGACCAAGCUGAGGUCACCCGCCGGGCAGAGCUAGACAAACAGAUGAAGGAAUUGGAAAAGGAUAAAGAGGAAAUGAAGGAGCGAUUGAUAGAGAAGCAGGUGACAGAGAUUGGCCGAUUGGAGCGGGAUCAUGAGGCUCACCUGCAGGCGGCUCGUAUGGAGCUGGAACGUGCAGUAGAAAUCUCCAAACAAAAGGAGCGUGACCAUGCCCUGCGGGUUGAAGAUCUUCAAGGGGAGAUAACACAACGGGAGCGCCACAUUACAAACCUGAAAGAGGAUGCUGGGAAACUGCAGACAAGUAUCAGUCACCUAAACAAGGAGAUCGAUUUUAAACGACAGGAGAUACAGAAGAUCAAGGCAGACACAGACCACCAAGUCAGGCAUAUGGAGAAGCGAAUGGCGGAGAGGCUACAGCGGGAGGUUGAGAACCUGCAGGCAGACCAUAUCCGCGAGUCGCAGGAACUUGUACGACAGUUCAACGAGGCACAGGAAAUACUCAAGGACAAGAUCUCUGAGCUGCAGAUUCUUUUAAACGAGGCAGAGGAUAAAUACAACAACCGCGAAUCUCGCCCCGAGGAUCUCGAGCUGAUAGAACAGCUGCGCUACUCCAUCAGGGAGAAGGAGGAGAAAGUCAGGGCUCUUAUUGAGGAAAAGAAGUUUUUCCAGAUGGAGCUAGUGAACAGAGAGACGAACUUCAACAAGGUCUUCAGUGCUAGUCCCAACGUUGGCGUCCUUAACCCUCUAGAUGCUAUGAAAAAGAAAGGUCGUGGCAAGGGAAACAACUCUGCUCCUAACCUGAGUGGAAGGCUGGAUCCCCUACCUAACUCCCCCAUACAUGCAAGCAACUUGAACCCAUCCAGGCCAUUACCUCCCUUUCCUAAGAAGUUUGUCAAGUGAAGGAGUAAUCUCCCUUUAUGGGCUUGGGAAUUACAAGAGUUAUGGGUGUAAUAUGGACAAAGAAAUGGCAAAUUUGAAAAUGUUGGUUUUAACCAAUAUUUAUUACUGAUAUCAACAAUACAGCAAUCUGAAUCAAAACAAAUGAUUUAAAAGACUCAAUUAACAUAAUCAUUUAAAUAACUUGGGAUCAAGAAAUUACAAAAGAAAGGUAAAGAAUUGAGAAUUGACCAGAAUGGUUUAUAUGCUGAGUCUCUCUUCAGGACAUGUGGCUUCAUAAACAUAUUUAAGACUGUGAAGAAAACUCGAUAAGGACCAUCUUAACAAUGCACAAAUCGUAGGAUCUCAUUUUGGAAUGAAUAUUUCAGAGUAGUUAUAAUAUCUAUUUAGAAACUCGGAGCCUUAUUGGACAGGUUUUGCAAAGUUUGUUUGAUUCUGUGAUUUGAACUUUCAUUUUGCUUUGCGACACUCGUAAAUUAUUGACUGAAAUUCUUAAUCUUAAGAUAUUUUAUUGUAUGCUCAAUUAAAAGAUUGCCUUAAUGAGUAUAUAAGUACAUGCAGCUUGCUUGCUGGAUAUAAGAAAUUGUGAAGUUUAGUUUUUUUUACCUAAUAUCUGGAAUUUUUUUUUAAGUAAAUAUUUUUUGAUGUUUGUUAAAGAAUGAGUUAUGUAUUAGUUAUUAAUCUUGACUUUCAAAAACGGUUUAUUUGGAGAAAACAAAAAAUGAAUGAUGAAACCAUCCUAUGUUGUACAAUGUACAUUGUGUGACUUUGAAAGAAGAUCUUUUAAAUAUGUACAUAUAUGUAUUUGUUAACUGAAAACGUAACAUGGGCUAAUGUUGUUAAAUGAAAUUGAAUCUUUAAAUUAACUUUACUAUGAAAUAGAGUGCAUUUAUUUUAUUCUUAUGAUGCAGUAAAAAGCUUUGAUGUCAGAUUGAUAAGCCUUGUAUGAUGUUUUUAUUUGUGCUGUAAACUGAUAUUCCUCUGUGAUAGUAUGAUUAAUAUCAUAUUUUGUACAUAAUAUGAUUAUAAUUAUGGGAGUUGUAAAUGUAUCUGUUUUUAUUUAAAUUAUAUUUCUACAUAUAUACUACCAGAUUUGUCAUGGUAUUUCAUAAUUCAGCAUUUACCAUGUUUUUAAAUUUAAUGCUGCUGCUGUUGUUGUUGCAAACUGCUGUUUAUAGUUAUUUCAAAUUGUUGCUGCUGAUAACACAUAUUUUUUUGAAAAUUGGUGAACUGCUGAUUAUUAAGUGUACAAAUAAAAUAAGUCCUUUGAUAUAAAAAGUAUUCAUGAAAGUUGUUUUUUUAUUUGCUUUAUCUUGUAGUUGCAGUUGUAUUUUCAUUUGCAAUUGUUUUUGUAUUAAUGAAAGACAUUACAAUCAGAGGUCGAAAUUAGCACAGGUCUAAUUGCCCUUUACUGGUAAAAUGAACAUUGCGGGCAUGCUCAAAAACAAAAUUUUGCAUAAUUAUUAUUAAUAGGGCUUGUUGUGUUAUCUUGAAUCAAGUAAAGAGGGCUUGAUUGUCCAAAAGUCUCAUUUUGAUUAGUGUACUAUCGGACAUUUCAUCUUAGAAUAACAAAUUACUGUAUGGUUGUAAUGCAAAUACUGACAUCAAUAUCUUUAAAAUGUUAUUCAUCUUUGAAAAAACAGAGCGUGAUCUGAGCUUUCUUUUGGCCUGCUUGUUAAAAUGUGAGCAAAAAUUUGCAAAAUAAACGAAUUGCUCUAUAAAAAUAGUAAUCUGUCUGGUACUGAGCUUUUAUAAUGCAAAAACGAAAAUCCAGAAAGAAGAGUAAUGUUCUUGGGAAUUAUUCAUAGUAAGUGCCAUUUGUAAACGAAUGCAAUACUAGCUGUGAUUGUUUCAUUAGAAAAAAGACGCAUUGAACUGUACGCGGGAAUUUUUCGUAAAUAAUGUAUAAGUUAUCCUCUGCUUGUAUGUGGCAGAUUUCACGUUUUGGUGACCAAAAAGUUCCCGGCGAAUAUUGAUUUUUAAAAUUUAUUGCAGAUUUGUGAUUUCAACAUAAUCUUUUACAGCAAUUUCUUAUCUAUCAUAUUUUAGAACAUUUGCAAUGAUUUAUUCAUGCAUUUUUAUAAAAAAAGAAUUUUGAAAUCUGCCAUAUAUGUGUAUUAGUUUUAUACAUGUCUCAUGAUAGAGAAAUGAUAAAAUCAGAGUUAUUCCAUUAGUUUACAAAUGUGAUGGUCCAUUUAUCUUCUAAAUGAUAACUUGGCUACAUGUUUAUUGAAAAUUAGAAAAAAAUGAGAUAUGAAAUUGAAUAAAUUUUAAAAUCAGGCAAAACAAAUCGACAAUAAUAUACAUACAGGAUUAGAGUAAUUAUCUUAGAAAAAGUUUUUCAUUUUUUCUUUAUUAUUAUAUUAUGUCCCCUUACAUGUGUUACUGGAGUGUCCCAUAAUUAUUUCAUUUUUUGUUGUUUUGUUAUUGAUUUUGUGAUAUGAUAAAGCUAGAUGUAGCAUGACUUCAAAUAAAUAUUGAAAAAA